AUGAUAGAGAUGGAGAGAUUGGAACAUGAAGCUGAACAGAGAAAGCAAUCUAAUGCACCUAGAAAUGUACCGUUACCCCCUUCUACCUCUUCCACUGGCCCAAAAAAAAGAAAAACUAUGGGUUCUCUUGAGAUGGCAUUCAAUGUUGGGGAACGAGAAGAAUUAAAUUAUCUUAUUGCUAGAAUGUUUUAUUCAGCAGGAUUGCCAUUCAAUUUGGCAAAGAACCCUUACUUCCAAGCUUCGUAUACUUAUGCAGCAAAUCAUAAUAUUGGAGGUUAUUUGCCACCAGGAUAUAACGCGUUGCGAACCACUCUGUUGCAAAAGGAGAAAGAAAAUAUUGAUAGGUUGUGUGAACCUAUUCGAGAAGCAUGGACUCAUAAGGGAGUAAGUAUUGUAAGUGAUGGGUGGAGUGAUUCACAAAGGAGGCCACUCAUUAAUUUCAUGGCAGUAUCUGAUGGUAAAGCAAUGUUUUUAAAAUCAGUUGAUUGCUCGGGGGAGAUCAAGGAUAAAAAUUUCAUUUUCAGGUUGUUGAAGGAAGUUAUUCAAGAAGUAGGAGAGGCGAAUGUGGUUCAAGUAAUCACAGAUAAUGCUGCAAAUUGUAAGGGAGCAGGGCAACUGAUUGAGCAGGAAUUCCCAUCUAUUACCUGGACACCGUGUGUUGUUCACACAUUAAAUUUGGCAGUGAAAAAUAUUUGUGCUGCAAAGAAUGUGGAGAACAAUCAAAUAACGUAUGAGGAAUGCUGCUGGAUUUCUGAUAUUAUAGGUGAUGUUGCUGCAAUAAAGCAUUUCAUUAUGAAUCAUUCUAUGAGAUUGGCCAUCUAUAAUGAGUUUGUGAGUUUGAAGUUGCUUUCUAUUGCUGAUACUCGUUUUGCUUCAAUGAUUGUGAUGCUGAAGAGGUUCAAGUUAAUAAAGAGCGGUCUCCAAAACAUGGUGAUAAGUGAGAAAUGGAAUAUUUAUAGAGAUGAUAAUCUUGGGAGGGCCAGACUUGUGAAGGAAAAAUUAUUGGAUGAUUGUUUUUGGGAAUCAGUUGAUUACAUACUUGCCUUCACUGCUCCUGUUUAUGAUAUGAUCAUAGCUUGUGACACUGAUAGAGCUUGUCUUCACUUGAUAUAUGAUAUAUACUAUAGUCAACAAUGGCUUCAGGAAGAUUCUAGUCGAGUUCUUCCACACAUGGAUUUAGAGCUUACUCAAGAGCGACAAAAAUGUUUAAGGAGAUUCUUUCCUAGCAUGGAGGACCGAAGCCGGAUUAGUUUGGAGUAUGCAGAUUUUAUUAGCAAUAGUGGAACCUUUGGCGAUUUUGAUGCCAUCAAUACUCAAUACACUAUGGAUCCGAAAUCUUGGUGGCUACUUUAUGGUACUUUUACACCGAUGCUUCAAAAAAUAGCAUUGAGACUUGUGCAACAACCUUCCUCUUCAUCAUGUGCUGAACGCAAUUGGAGUACUUAUUCUUUUGUGCAUUCCAUCAAGAGGAAUAAAAUCACUCCAAAACGUGCUGAAGACUUGGUUUAUGUGCAUAGCAAUCUUCGACUCUUAUCAAGAAAGACUCCUAGUUAUGCACAAGGAGAAAAUCAGAUGUGGGAUAUUGCUGGAGAUACAUUCGAUUCACUUGAUGAUGUUGGAGAUUUUUAA